AGACCCUCCCCGCCGCCGCCGCUCCCCUCUCACAGCUCUGCGCGACGAGCUUCGGAGUUCGCGGAAAGCUGCGAGGAGGCCGCCAUGUUUAACAAGAAGUCGGUGGUGUUGUAUUGUGGGGGCGCACCGAGCAUGGCGCCCGCCACGCCGGUCUCCCCGGGGGCCGGCGGAGGCGGCAGCAGCAGUGGAGCCCCAAGCGCCUCAGCCGCGGUGGCCGCCGUCUUCACCGCCAACGGCCGCUCUGAGGGCGCCGGCCCGUUCUCGCCUCGGAUUGGGCGCGGCUGGGGGGCCAGCGUCUUCCCUGAGGGGCCCUUGGCGCGGAUUGGCUCAGGGGCGCCCCUGGCGGGGCCCCUGGCGCGGAUUGGGCCCUUCGAAGUAGCGCCCCGCGCGCUGAUUGGCUCCCCCGCCGCGGCGGCCGUUGGCGGCGCCGCGCGGCCGUUGGCGCUGGCGCUCCCUGAGGGAGAGCUGGACGGCUGCGACGACGACGACGACGAGGAGGCCGAGGCCGCGGAGGCCGGCCUGCCUUCGCCCACCCCUUCGCUGGAGUCCAUCCCGUCCUCGCAGGGGGACGACGACGACGCGGCGGUGGCGGUGGCGGCGGCGUCCGCCCCGGACGACCUGCGCAAAGUGACGCUGGAGUUGGUGAGCCGGUACCUGCGCGAGGCCGCCUCGGGCGACGGCGACGCCAAAGGGCCGUCGGGAGGCGGCGGGAAGAAGAUCCUGAAGGGCCUCCUGGGCCGCUUGGGGACCCCCGAGGAGGAGGAGGCCGCCGCCGUCUCGCCGGGCGCCGCGCAGGCGCUGGAGACCCUCCGGAGGGUCGGGGACAACAUCCUCGACAAGCACCAGCUGGCUUUCCAAGGUGGGUGAUGGGAGCAGCGGCGGAGGGGGAACCCCGAGGUCAUCUAGCCCAACACCCCCCCGCGGGGGCUGGAAUCGCAGUUGGGCCAAGGUGGGAGGGAGGGGGUUGGAGGAAGCGGGGAAACGAGGGGCAAGAGGGUUGCCUUUUCGCCGUUUAAUCCUUGUGUCGAGGUUACUGCAAGCCGCCCCGGAAAGGGGCCAGGGCGGCUCACAGGAGCAGCAGCAGGUGGGCGUGGUGCCAGUUUUUUAGGCCGUGCACUGCCCUCGACAGGACCAGGUUGGCACCCUUUUUUGCAGGGUCAUAAUUUUUUUGCGGGGGGGGGGAGAGUAAAUGGAAGGGGUGCCUGAAAGAUGGCUGGGGAAGAAAUGAUGAAUCAUUUCUUAUUCUAGACAGCCAUAAUAAUAAUGAAUAGUGGGGGAGGGGUCUGUUCUGGGGCCACGCCCCCUCUUAAUCCCAGAUUGGCACCCUUCAUUGGGGAUGGAAGAAGGUCAAGGGAAGAAGAAAGCCAGAGGGGAUCUACAAAUAAGGGCUGGGGGAGAUUAUAACUUGCCCCCAAAGCAGCCCAAGCUAGCUUCUGUCCAUAAUGAUGAUGAUGCGGCGUGGGGGGAUUGUGCUUUUUCUUGAGAUCACACCCCCUUUUCCCAGGCUCUGACUUUUGCACGCUUAAGUGUUCUUUGCCUGGCUGGAAUGUGUCCUUGAGCUAUGAUGAUGCCUCAUUAAAUAAAUGAAACAGAAGCUGUUUUCAAUGAAGAUGAUAAACAUAUACAGAAAACAGGAAGUACAUGCAAGAAAAGUCCAUAGGCCUAACAAACUGGUAAAGACCCAUUUAUCCUGUGAGGAAAGCCCGAAGCAGAAGGCCAUGGGCCACAUUUGGGCAGCCUUUUUGUGGGAACUAUUUACAGAUACAAAAUACCAGAGACAGAUGCAACAACAUUUAUGGAAGAGAUAAAAAAUACAGAAUAGCCAUAACAAUGGCUGCUUCAUUUUAAGAAAAUAAAAGCCUCUGCAGAAUCCCAUUGGCAUAAAACAGUUUUUCAAGAGGAUGCCUGCCUAAUCUUCUGGAAGUGUACCCCACUGCCUGGGACCUAUGACACCAAGUGCCUGAUUGCUAGUUGAAGCCAGUCAGGCAAGCUGACAGACUGGAACACUCCCCAGCAAUGUUUCCUGGGUGGCUGAAGAGAAAAGCAACAUUUAAAAUAAAAUUAUUCUAAUUACAUACACUGAAGUUGAGGUGUGGCUUUCUUAGAAUGAGUGUGGGAAGGAAAUGGGGGUGUUUGCCUGCUUGGGAGGAAACAGUGAGGAGUAAUAACUGAUGGGGGGCUUAAGUCAUGGGGUGUGGAGAGGAGGAAACUAUCAGCAUCUCACAUUUACUGACAUUUUAGUAUCUUGCAUUUCUCUUAAAGCAGCCAAGUUGGUUCACAAAAAACUAAUACAAGAUUUAUCGUUAUAAAAAAGCAAAAACAGGAAGCAGGAAGUGCAGCAGGGUACUGAAGUGGAAAGGGACUGGGGAAGGAGGAGGACGGGAAGCACUCACUAAGGUGUGUUUAGGGAAGAGCAUGAAAGGAGCUUGUGUGGGGCAAAGAAAAGUUGGGGGUGUCAGCUGUAAGGGGUGAAUGGAAGUGGAGGUGAGCACCUGUAGGGCUGGUGAAGUGCUAGAGUAGGGGUUGGGAGGGGGGAGGGAGGAAAGCAGGUGGCCUGAGGGGGGGGAGUGGAGGUGAGGAGCUAAACAUAGUGGAUCAGGGUGUCCUUGGGAUGGGAAUGUAGCAAAGGAAAUCGAUGGGUGGAAGGGGGAAUGUGUUGGGGGGCAAGUAAAGGGAAGAAAUGGUGGGGCUCUUAUGAAAAAGAAUUGGAAGAGUGUCCAAAGUUUAAAAAGAGUAAACAGGGAUGUUGAAGGGAAAGUUCCUGAUGUGUCCGUGGACUGAAAGGUUGCACAUUUGAGUCUGGUUGGUUGACUUCAGUUCUGUGCAGUUUGGGCCAGAUUCCUGAUCUCCAGUAGAGUUCAGGCUUCUUGAGAGGCCACCCUGGCAGCCAGAGGUUUGUGGGUGGCCCAGCCUGCCUUCCCACCCUGUUUUUCUGCAAGGAGUCAUUGUGAAAGCACCAAGCCCAGCAGAAACGAAACUGAAUUUAGUUCGCUUGACAGUGGGGGUGGGGAGAAACUCUUGCAGGCAGAAGAAGAUAAUCUGGAUACAGAUUAGCUCUUGCUGACAUCCUGCUCCUGCCUAGCAAGUGAAAUAUAAUUCAUUGUAAACAUGAUGAUAAAAGAUUAGCUGGCUCCUGCUGUGAACAACUAACUUCCUUCGGAGUUGCUUUGGAGCAGGUUUGCUAUUUACCAGCACUUUGCCAUUCUCAUUUGACUUUAUUUUAGUAUAUUACAUUAGCUAGGGCACUGACUAUGUAGAGUUGGGAAGUAGCCUUAAAAUAACCUCCAGUAAUUUGAACACUCCUAGAGAGCCUCUAUGGUUUGCCACCUCUAAGUCAGUGUCCUCCAGUUGUCUAUCCCCUCCCAGCUACCCUUGUGGCUGAGCUGCUCAGGUUUUUGUAAUGUGGAUGGGCAAGAAAAGCUUUGACAGUAGCCAUUUGUGAGAUGUCCUGUAGAACAUUCCUUACAUCCUGCAUAUACAGAAGUCACAAUGGCACAGACUUCCCACAGAGGUAUUGUUUGUUUUCUGGGUUAGGAAGGGUUAGGACUUGGCUCACUCAUCCAGUGUAUAAGAACAAAUUUCAUUAGACUUACGUUUAAUGGUUUGCUUUAAGCCUUCUGAAUCAUUGCCUCUCCACAGUACAAUAAAGACUCUGCUUUGGGGCAACUCCUAAAUGCGGAUGCAAGCAUCCCUGUUCCUGAAUCAUGAAAAUGAACUAGCUAUAGUCACUUCCUUGUUGACUUCUGGAUUUCAGCUUCCUCAAGUUUCUUUUAAGUAUCAGUGGCUAAUAGUUGAAGGCUGCUUAACCCUUAAGGACAGAAUUGUACUGCCAGGAUUCAAGUCUUGAACCACUAGCUCAAAGCAUGACGACUGUUGGAUUCCUUGUUUUGUAUUAAAAAUAGUUGAAGCAGCACUUACUUAGACGCUAGAGCUGGGCUUUGGUCUAGGGCUGCAGAUAUCAGUGGCUGUAAGUAGGAGUUGUGUUAAGUUUGUCUGAGUAUUGGACUCUGAAACAGACAGCUGCUGAUCUGCAAGUCUAAAGCAGCUCUAGAACAUUUUAAUGUUCUUCUCAGGAAGUGCUAGAACUUAUUUUUAUUCAGACAAUCACUUUGUAUUCAAAUGAAUUCAUAAAGUGAUAGUCAAAAUAAUAAAAAAGUAGAACAUCAAAAUGGGAAGUGAAAACCAUUUAAAUGAAUCUCAAAGCAAUGUACAACAUGGGAAGCAAAUACAAUGCAAAAGAAUUUUAAAACAGCACAAAAUAGAAAUCAAAUGCAAUACAGUAUAUCAAUAAUCAAAUAAAAGCCUACAGUUACAAAAUCCCAACCAAUCACUUUGUACGACAAAGACAGCUGACCAGAUAAAAACUCAUAUAGCUCCAGAAUUAAAGUAAGUAAUAAUUGCCUCCCACCUAGGACAGCACAUACACUCCCUGUCUCAUUGGGGAGGGGGAAGCUCUUGCCAAUAAGACUUCUGAGCAAGCUUAUCCCAUCAACAUUCCAUCUGUUCAGGCUCUGACCCUGAGUUUUAAACAUCAGUGCCCACCCACCAUCCAUUGCUCAUUCAACCAAGUACUACAACCUCAAUCCUUCCAAAAACAAAGAGCAAAGAGUGGGGGAGGGGGAGAAAACUAAACUGCUUUGUUAAUGAUUUUGAUUGUUAAAACUUCUUGCACACUUAAAUGUGGAAUUUUCAGUAUUUUCACCUGUGUUCCUUGCUUAUUGCUCGCCCCCUCUUCAGGAAUGCUUAGGAAGAUUGAAAUAAAGAAAGAGGAUGACCUGAAGACUGUGUCAGAAGUUGCAAAGCACCUUUUCAGUGACGGCAUAACAAACUGGGGUCGAAUUGUGACUCUCAUCUCUUUUGGUGCCUUUGUUGCCAAACAUCUGAAGCGCAUCAAUCAGGAGAGUGCCAUCGGUCGUUUGGCAGAGCUCAUCACCGAGGUUCUGGUUACAGACAAGCGGGAAUGGAUCCUCAACAAUAAUGCCUGGGUAAGUGAGUCAUGGUGGGGCUGAAUGGUAGAUGAUGUUGUGCUGCCCCUUUCCCUUGUAACUCUUCACAGUCAAAAUCCAAACCUGGAGACCCCAAUACCUUCCUGUAGCUGAUCUUUCUGGAAGUGAAUGCAUGCUUCAUCAGAUUUUAGGGCUGCCUCCCUAUGUUAACUCUCCAUAAAUAGAGUGAAUAUCUGUCAUGAGAUGUUUAAAAGAGCUACGCUAAAAUUGGUUUCCCACAAAGGGAACAUUGUGUGUGCGUGGUUGCGGUUGUUGAAAAUGGGGAGUGGAUUGGACUCAGAAUUGCUGGAUGUUGGACUUUGCUCAGUACAUGGUUUUACCUUCCAUUCUUCCUGCGAAUUCUCUUUGAAGCAGUCAGACACACAUGGCUGCCAGUGCUUAAAAGCAAUUAACAAUGCAAUUCUUUCUUCUAGGAGGGAUUUGUUAAUUUCUUCCAUGUAGAGGACGUAGAAGGCAGCAUCAGAAGCGUUCUGAUGGCUUUUGCAGGCGUGGCUGGAAUAGGAGCAGGUUUGGCUUACAUGAUCCGGUGAGUCAAGGAGUGCUCCCAGUGAGGAGCUAGCUUGGACUAUCCUGUUCUACUGUGACUAGAAAACUGAGCCGUUCUUUGAAAGUUGACGGGAGAAUUAAAACACCUCGAAAUCCCAUGGAAAGUUUGGUCUGAACUGUCAGUUUUAGAAUGUCACCAACAAGGAUGUCUUUACAAAUUGGGAGUAGAUCCUUCAAGCCAAGGAACACGCACUCCGCUUCCUCCAGUGGUGGAGCUAAGAGGACUGAAGCCCACCUGAGCACAGUCUUGGGCUUGGACUAUGAACCCACAGCCACAUUGGGCUUAUAUGAACUGUUGGAUGUGCUAGGUAGUGUUCUAUUUGCACAGAACUGUGACCAUACACCCAAGCGGGGUAUCUAAAUUAUCACCUUCAGAGAAGAGAGUGGCGUGUUAGGGGUGACGUGCAAGAUGCUUUGUGCGGUGAGCAAAAUGAAGGACCUUCAGGUGAACACUGCAAAUGCCUUAUCUGUUCGCUGGCACAGGUGUGUGUUGUGUCUGCUGUGGAGAGAGAAAACUCCAGAAUCUGAACCCAUCUCAUUGCAUCAAGGGCUGAUCCUGUUCUAUGUACUCCCUUCAGUUUUUGUUUCCUGUUCUCCUCUGCCCUCCCCUUGGAAGCGUACACUGCCAUAGCUCCCAAGUUAUCACAAGACAUGGAGCGCAAUAGUGUAAAUAUGUAUAAACCUUCACGGGGAAGUCAGCAGAAAUUUAUGUACAUUUGUAGCUGAAACUGUACAAAGUGUAUACUCUUAAAAGAGAUUUAUCUUUGGGAAAGGUUGUAAAAGAGUUUUUUUUAAAUGUAAUUAGAUUCAGGUUUUGCAGCUCUUUAUUCUUUAGCCCUCUAAAUGUCACAUAAUCUGGGCCUACCUUUCUAUGUACUUCAAUAACAACUUGGUUCUGCCAGGUGACUUUACUGAACAACCAUCUAAGUACAGCUAAGCGACUUUCUUUUUGUUCUUUAAAAUGUUUUCUUUCUUCAUGGUUGCCAGGGGAGGCAUUUCCACAAAUCUUAAGUUUUUUUACCUUCUUUAUUUUGAUUCUUGCUUUCUUUAAAGCCAAUUAUUUUAAGCUAAACUUACAAAAGAAUGUCAUACUUGUCUCUAAGAAUAAAACUUCUCAAAUGAGUUAGCAAUGUAAGACAUUAUGGCCUAUGCACGGAAUAAAUCUGAAUCUUUGAGGGAGAAUAUGAGAGAGGCUUGUAGACUUGGGUUUCUUGAACCCUUUAUUAGGCAGAAGGGUUCAGUAUAGGAGCAAGAGGUUAAGUUGUUUUUGCAGUUUGACUAGAUUGCGUUUAGUCUUCGCUGUACUGUUAGCUUUGUUUAGACCAGAUUGUGGCAGAUGUGAAAACCUAAAACAAAGCAUAGACUCAACAUGGUGCUAUGGUCAGACUUUCUUGUUUACAUAAACUGUCCAAUAAAACAAUUCACAGGUGGUUGCAGUGUGUGCCUUCUGUUAAGGCAGAAACAUGAAACAAUUGAAGCUAUAUUUGUAUGCAUCCUGUCUUCUCUG